AUGGCGACAGUAAAUGAGUCAAAUCUAUGCUCAGUCUGCAAUAAACCUUCAGCAAGACGCUUCUGUAUUGGAUGUAAAAAAUAUUUUUGCCCGAAGGAUUUCAAAGAACACGAACAACAAUUAUUGAUAAAAUUCGACAAUGAAAUCGUUAGGUCACACGAUGAAGUUCUUGAUCAAAUACAAAAAUUAGAAAAAUCGAAUUAUUUAUUAUUAGAUCUUUCUGAUCAAAUUGAAAAAUGGAAAAAUACAACAAUCAGCAAAGUAAGAAGAGCAGCAGAAAAAGCUCAACGUGAUCUUAUUGAAUUAAUUGAUAAACAAAGAACAACAAUAAUAAAACAACUUGAACCAAUUACCAACGAAAUUCGUUGUCGUCAAGAAGAAGAAAAUUUUGUUGAAAACGAUAUCGAUGAACUUAGACAAAAAAUCAAUGAAAUUCAAGAAAAUCUUGAACGAUUUACUCAAAAAGAUACCACUAAAACCAUUAGUAUUAAGAAUGAUCAAAUUGAUUGGAAUCGACUCAUUUAUAUUCGAGAAGAACAACAAAACCGUGAGUAUAUUUACACUAAGAAUAUAGAAAUUAAAGGUUACUUCAAUAGGCGCACAAUCUUCAAUAAAACUGAAUUAAAUGUCAUUUGA